UUAAGUGAGUGAGUGUAUUUGCCGUCCUCGCUCUCCAGCUUUCCAUGUCAUCUUUUCCCCGGUCGAGAGUCCCGUGAGCAGAGCCGGCUGCAGCUUGCCUUUUUUCGUGCCUCCAUCCAAACCCGCAGAGUGACCAGGCGCCCCACCCCCCGUCACUUACACCAUCUAUCUAGUGGCGCGAGGUUUGUAUACCCCGUAUUCCGCACUGGGGCGGGCCAAGCAAGAAAGCAAGGCGCAGCAUCUCUGUAUAAGUCUCGCUCGAUCUUUCAUUGCGCUCGUCCUCAUCCUCGCGGCCUUUAUUUCCUCCUUUUCUUCCGAAGACUGUUGUAGUGGUAGACGAUCAACUGUACACACACUUCCUCCCCCACCACUCCCUCGAAAGACUUCCGAAAGGAGCCGGGGGGCGCCCAAGUUAUGACGGUCAUCAAGAUUGAGGCCGUCACGGACCUGAUAUGUCCGUGGUGCUACAUAGGCAAGAGGAACCUCGACCGCGCCAUCUCGCAGUAUCGCGCCGUGGUGCCCUCGGCCGAGUUCGAGGUCAUCUGGAAACCUUUCUACUUGAACCCCGAUUUGAAGAAUUCCGGCUACGACAAGAUCACAAUCUACAAAGCCCGCCUCGCCAGGACCGCCGCCGACCCCGCUGAGGCCUUCGCCCGCGUCACGUCUGCCAGCGCCCGCGCCGGCAUCGCACUCACUCUCACAGGCACCACCGGCAACUCGCGCCAGGCCCACAAGCUCCUCGCCCUCACCCUCGCGCGCCGCGGCGCGGACGCUCAGAACCGCCUGCUCGAGUCCCUCUUCCAGGGCCACUUCGAGGAGGGCGCCGACCUCUCGGACAGGCGGUACCUGCUCGCCGCUGUGACGUCCGCCGCCGUGGGACUCGACCCGGACGAGGCCGAGGCCGCGCUGGACGACGACCGCUUCGGCGAGGCUGUCGACGAGGCCGUGGUGGAGGCGAGGAGGGCCGGCAUUACCGGGGUGCCGACGUUCACGGUCCAGAGGCGGUGGAGGGUGGGCGGGAGCCAGGAGCCGGACGUCUUUCUGAGGGUGUUUGAGCGGGUCGAGGAGUAGCUUGCAAGGCAGGGCUCCGCUAUCAACCAAAGAAGAGGCCAUGGUUUCCAUUGUACCCUGGACGAGUCAGCAGCAUUGCAGUAUCGGCAUAUCAUUCAUAGCAGAGCGUCGGAAC